AAUAUGAGAGUUUCUUUCUCCUCCUCCUUCACCUUGUAAACCUCAAGCCGUUCCUGUCGCAUCUUCUUCCUGCCUAAUCUCUCUCAAGCUUCAGACAGAUCGACGAACCCUAAUUCGGAUUGCUUCGUAGGUGCUUCACGGAAUCACGGCUUCCAUCGAAAUUCCGAACUCGACAUUGAUUGAAUGUUCUAAUGGAGUCUAAUCGUGGGAAUAAGUCUAGUAGUAGUAGUAGUAAAUCGUUCUACGAAGCUCCUCUAGGUUACAGCAUUGAAGACGUCAGGCCAAACGGUGGAAUCAAGAAAUUCAGAUCUGCUGCAUACUCCAACUGCGCUCGCAAGCCAUCCUGAUAUUCCCUAAAUUGCCCUUCUUCUCACCCCCUCCUUUUUCUUCUUUAUUUUGCUGCUUCCUUGCUUGCUUUCCCUUAUCAUUCCCAGAAAUUGCCAUCUCUUUGAUUUUUGAACAUUUUAUUGGAAAUGGAAUUGGAAAUGCCUGUGUCUGCUAUUGGUUUCGAAGGAUAUGAAAAGAGGCUUGAAAUUUUGUUUGCCCAACCUGGAAUCUUUACGGAUCCUCAAGGAAAGGGUCUACGUGCUCUCUCUAGAGCCCAAUUGGAUGAGUUUCUUGGCCCUGCUGAGUGUACAAUUGUUUCUUCCCUGUCGAAUGAAUUCUUGGACUCUUACGUCCUCUCUGAAUCAAGCCUCUUUGUCUAUCCAUACAAGAUCAUCAUCAAAACUUGUGGAACAACUAAAUUGCUUCGUGCAAUCCCGCCUAUUCUGAAGCUUGCGGAAUCCCUUUCUCUGGAUGUUCAAACUGUGAGGUACACCCGUGGCAGCUUCAUCUUCCCUGGAGCGCAGUCAUAUCCUCACCGGAACUUUUCCGAAGAAGUUUCUGUUCUAGAUAGCCAUUUUGGAUACCUUGGGAGCAAAGCAUUGGUUUUGGGUGGCUCAGAUAGCCCUAGCCCACAGAAGUGGCAUGUCUACAUUGCUUCAUCUGCUCCUAUCAAAUCAAAGAACCCUGUUUACACUCUCGAAAUGUGCAUGACUGGUCUGGACCAGGAUAAAGCUAGGGUCUUUUACAAGAAUGAAUCAAGUUCUGCUGCUUUCAUGACACACCGGUCUGGAAUAAGAAAGAUCCUUCCAAAAUCUGACAUUUGUGACUUCGAGUUUGAUCCUUGUGGCUAUUCCAUGAACUCUAUUGAAGCCGAUGCAAUAUCCACCAUUCACGUGACCCCUGAAGAUGGGUUCAGCUAUGCAAGCUUUGAAGCUGCCGGGUAUGAUCUUGAAGAUGUUAAACUGCCAGCGAUGAUUGAGAGGGUGCUUACGUGCUUCGAACCGAGCGAGUUCUCUGUAGCAGUUCAUGCUGAUGUGUUGGGGAAAUUUCUUGAGCAAACUUGCUCUCUGGAAGUGAAAGGUUACCACCUGUGCGAGAAGAACAAGGAGGAGUUUGGUAUGGGUGGAUGUGUUGUCUACCAGAAAUUUACCAGGGCCCACACCUGCGAUUCGCCAAAGUCUGUUCUUGAAAGCUCCUGGAAGCAGGCAGGUAAAGAAGAAGAGGAGUUCUAUUGCUGAGGGUUUUUUGUUUUUUGUGUGUCAUUGUUAUGAGUCUUUUUUUUCUUGGCGUCUAGUGGUCAAUAAUAACGUCCAGUCCCAGCUUGUUGGCGUUUGGACUUGAAACACUGUUGUUAUUGUGGUACUCUGCUUUUUUUUAAAAAGCUUUUCGUUGGUCCAAUGCAAUUAUUGUCAUAUUUUAUUCAAUCUUACCAUCUAUACGUUAGAAAUAUGUCUAAAUGUCUAAAUGAGUUUGUCACUUAUUCCAGUAAUGCUAAUAUAUUUACCUUUUUUAU